ACUACUAUUUUGCAAACAUGGCCGCUUUCGAGCUUCUACGAUUCGGUCCGUUUGACCGUACCAUUGUGUGUUUCGUAGGUGAAAUUGCCAAAAGAUUGAAACAAGGUUGAAAGUAUGAGUGGUGCGAAUCGAGUGACGUUUAAUCUCGCUACUCUGACCAGCGUAGGUCUUGGUGGUUGGUACCUAGGCAAGUUUUUCGAGCGGAGACGAUGCUUGAACGAAAAAGACAAUGGAGCAAUCGUGUUCCCGAAGGCGCGAAUACGUAAUAUGCCAGCUUUGCCCCUGUUCGGCACGGUUACAGCUGCUACCCCGUUGACACCAGUAGAAAGCAACACCGAAAUGGGCUCCAAAGUAUCCUCCACAGCCGCGAGAAUAUCGCAGAUUAUGAAAUUUGGUUUUCCUGGAUUGGAUCAUGUAAGAUCAUACGAAGAUUUUGUACUGUCGUACGACAGACGGAACAAAGUCGCUCAUUGGGUAUUUGAACACUUGACGAAAGAAAGAUUGCGACACAACGAUGCUGUGGACCGUUUAAAGUGCGAAUUCAAGCCUGAUCAGAGUAUACAUCCUUUUUUCAGAUCAGAGAACGCAGAUUACAAGGGAAGCGGUUACGAUCGUGGUCAUCUGGCUGCAGCUGGCAAUCAUAAAGUUGAACAGAAGCACAUGGAGCAAACUUUUCUCCUCUCCAACAUGGCGCCACAAGUUGGUGUGGGUUUUAACCGAGAUUCUUGGAACAGAUUGGAGAAACAUGUUAGAAAAUUGACAAACAUCUAUAAGGAUGUUUAUGUGUGCACAGGACCGCUGUAUCUUCCAAAAAAAGAAGCAGAUGGAAAAAAGUAUGUGCGCUAUGAAGUAAUAGGAGUAAAUAAUGUGGCAGUGCCUACGCACUUUUAUAAAGUGAUCGUCGGCGAGACAAGCGACGGCAAGUUGGAGAUGGAAACCUUUGUAAUGCCAAACACGCCAAUCGAUGAUAAUACACCGCUCGCCAACUUUCAGGUACCACCAGAGAGAAUCGAACGUGCUGCUGGACUUUUAUUUUUCGAUAAAAUAUCGCGCGAUAAGCUGAGCAAGGUGAACGGGAAAAGCACAGGCUGGUUUUAACCCUACAUUGAUUACGUAGAUUAUUUCUAGUGUAUUUUUAGUAGCGAUAAAUAAAAAACUCGUUUACAUAAUUCAAAUAGCUUUUCGCCGAUAAACGACGACAAGCUCAAGAUAGAGAGAGGCUGUUGUGUCGCCAAAUAUAUCAUCAAUGAAGGAUGACACGUUCCUCAUUAAUUUCUAGAUGUUAGUGCGUUUUAUCUCUAAUUUUUAUAAAUCCAAAGUAAAAAGAAACUAUCGAAUUAUACGAGACAUUCUAUACUGUAAAUACGAUUAUAAUGAAACAAAUUCAUUUGUUCAUUCAUAUAAAAAAAUAUUCUAUUAACGAGAAAAAUGUACGUGUGCGUGUAUAUGUGUGUGUGUGUGUGUGUGCGCGUGUGCGUGUGUGUGUGCGCGCGCGCGCGCCCGCGUACGUGCAGGAAAUACGACAAAAUGUAAAUAAACUAGCAUUAUGACAGUGUAAUUUUAUCAGAUGUUUCCAGACAGAAUCGAAUUAUUGUGCUAACAUCAUAUUUCAUUAAAGUGAUAAAUGUGUACAUAGUCGUUUCUUAAAUUAUACGUAUAUAUAUUGUUUUCGUACACUUAAUUGUACACUUAAUUAUUCGCUUGCGGAGGAAGGGGGAGGAGGAGAAUAGUUCCGCUUAUAUACUUAUCCAACGCAAUGUGUCGCGUGUCUGUCAAACACGAUCACAUGGAAUAAAUUCUCACGAUUCUCACGAUUUUUCAAAUCUACAUAUGUAUUUUAUUCGACCCUUUCUUUUGCAACGAUCCAAGUUCGGACACGUCUAUUACGAGAUGAAUUAUACGUGCCAAUUUUACAUGCUUCUAUCUCGAAAUGAAAAGAUAAAAGAACUGUAUUAUUUGUCUAAACUGUGGACAUUAGGAUACUCUUCGCACAGUUUCGACACAUGUGCAUUAUAAAAUGUCUGUAUUAUAAAAUAAGAAAAUUAAGGAAACAAACAAAGUCGAUGGAAAUUUAAUUUAUUUUUCUCAGA